AUGGAUUCACCUGAUGACGCACCAUACUUUUGCAUGGCAGACACAAGGUGUCGACUCUGCCAUUUCGAUUUGAAAGAAAACGACCGAGUCAUCGCACAUGUUGGGGACCGCCGAUGUUCUAUGGCGUUUAACCUCCGCAUGACCGACACCAUACACGACCGUUAUGAAUGGAUCAAUUUACACACUUGCGCUAGGCGUCGAUGCAUGAUGGACAGUCCUCGCGUACCUUUCUUUCACAGGGACUGUUAUCGCUUCAGACUCUAUCACAUCUCCGACGCGCUGGCCGCUGCCGGUAAUUACACUUUCGACCCUCCUGGACACGAGGAGAACAGGCGCUCUCAUCGUAUCAAGCGCCUUUUGGUUCCAAAAUUGAGAGAUCAGCUUCAAAUCAGACUUCCUGAUGAGAUAUUAGUGUUCAUAGCUGGACACCUUGUUCGUAAAUGUGCCGCUAUCACGACAGAAGAACAGUCGCUGGGGACCGAUGUCUCUGAAACCACCGUCAGCCUCAUACAGGAUGUGUACAUUAGUUGCACUGUUGUCGAUGGCGUACGUUAUGUGAAGAGUCUUGAUAAUGCAGUGCCAAAGCUUUGCGAGCAAGAUCGACCCACGUUACUGAGCAAGCAGGGUGAACCUAUCCGCAAGAUAUGGAUUGCUGAAGAUUAUCGUGGCAUCCGCGCUGUAAAAUUAUGUUCUGCAGAUGCCUCGUUCGCAGGACCUACACCAAUCGUGAAAUCAUGGUGGAGAGCCAUCUCUGUUCCUUCCAUGUUAACGUCAAGCCAGGGUAUCAAGUUGAGAGACAUUCUUAUAUGCGAUGAGACGAUACAGAAUGACACUGACAACUAUGUCGGUUGGUCAAACCCUGAACAUCCAAACGAUGUCAUUGAUAUCACGACGUUUGAUCGAGUUAAUAGCUUUCCCGAGAGACUUCGAAUGUCAUUCUUCAACUGCAAUGCCGAUGGGACAACUGGAUACACAGUAGUGACUAGCGGAGCCUCUGUUUCAAUGAUUCACGCUCAUGAGAAUGAUGAUAUUGGGUUUUAUGAAGAUAUGGACUGUGCUUAUCCGCGCGACUUCUUUAUCUAUAUGCCACUGGAUAAUGGAGAAUUUGUCACCGAGAUAUGUCGAAGAUAUGCACGGGCAGGAGGAAAUCUGAUAUCGGCCUGCCUCGUGUUCAUUACGAACAAAGGCAGAAGCACUCUCUUUGGAACAAGUGGUCCACCGGAAUCUUGCCUAGCGCUUGAUAGGAUCCUUACGCCUGCGCCAGAUGGAACCCAGAUCUGGUUCAAUGAUUCAAAGUCGCUCAGGUAUCUUGCAGUCGAUGGACUUGGGCCGCCCAUUCGACGUUCUUUUCCCCCAUCUCUUAUGCCAAACUCUCCGUACUUCUGGAGACAUAACAUGGAGUCAUGGUUCGUGUCAUCAUGUAGUAUGGAAGGGAUCGUGGAUAUGACACUCUGCAGAGAUAUGGCACAUGCUCAUCGACCAAUCGCCGGAAUUCUGCUGGAAUAUGAAAAUGGUCACCGUGAAUGUCUGGGCCAAUUCCGGUUCGACAAGGCUCUCGAAAAGGAUUCUGAAGGCUUGUGGUGGAUGCGGAUUUCUCUACACGGCAUACUUGAAUGGUGGUCGUCAUUUUGGCAUUCUAUUGUGCGUUACACCUCUGCCACAGGACAGUUCACCAACUUGGAAAAACGAUCUUGA